UAUGAUUCAUCUGUUCUUGCUUCGAUGGCAGAACUACGUGCAAAGUAACCGAGUAGUGAAUGUGAUGUUUUGUGAGGGCUAUAACGAGUUAUUGUUGGAAAAAAACAGUAUUGCAGAGAAUUGUGAAAUCAAACAAUUGAACAUUUUCAUGUAAUUUUAUUGCAGAAUGCCAAUACAGGCACCUCAGUGGACUGAAUUUCUUUCUUGUCCAGUUUGCUGUCAUGAUUUUGAUGUGGCCGUACGGGGCCCAAUAUCCUUAGGAUGUGGUCAUACUAUAUGUCGAACGUGCCUUGCAAAUUUACAUCGUAAACAAUGUCCUUUUGAUCAGAGUGUUAUUAAUACAGAAAUAGAAAGAUUACCUGUAAAUGAAGCUUUAUUACAAUUAGUGGGAAAUCCUGUUCCCACAAAUGUUGCAACAGCUUAUCAAAAAUUAUUACCACCUGAAGAUCAUGCUAAUUACUUGGUUGCUAAACGUUGCAUUGAGGAGCUUGCUCUAUAUCUCAAACCAUGUCAAACAAAUCCUAUUCUAGCUACAGGGGCAGGUCUUGUUUCUCGACCAAUGCAAAGAAAGUUAGUAACUUUGGUAGGUUGUCAGUUGGUUGAACCAGAAGGAAGAGCCCGUGCAGUUAGAGCAGCUAGAAGUUUAGGUGAACGGUCAGUUACUGAAUUAAUACUUCAACAUCAAAAUCCACAGCAACUUAAUGCUAACUUAUGGGCUGCUGUACGUGCUCGAGGAUGUCAGUUUCUUGGCCCAGCAAUGCAGGAAGAGGUACUCAAGCUUGUUCUUUUGGCUUUAGAAGAUGGAUCAGCUCUUUCUAGAAAAGUGUUAGUUAUGUUUGUAGUUCAACGUUUAGAAUCACAUUUUCCUCAAGCUUCCAAAACAAGCAUAGGACAUGUUGUACAGUUGUUAUACAGGGCAAGUUGUUUCAAGGUAUCCAAGCGGGACGGAGAUUCAUCAUUAAUGCAGUUGAAAGAAGAAUUCAGAACAUAUGAAGCUUUAAGAAGGGAGCAUGAUGCACAGAUAGUGCAAAUUGCAACAGAAGCUGGCUUAAGAAUAGCACCUGAUCAGUGGUCUGCAUUGCUGUAUGGAGAUACUAGCCAUAAGUCUCACAUGCAAAGUAUUAUAGACAAACUUCAGACUCCACAAUCUUUUGCUCAAAGUGUACAAGAAUUGGUUAUUGCUCUCCAACGUACUCCUGAUCCUGGACAAUUAAGUAGUUUAAGACCUCAGUUAGAAUUAUUAGCUGCAAUAGACCCUAGCCCAGAAACUGAACCACCCACGUUAGCGGAAUGUCGUGCAGCCUUAGAAGCUGUUAGAACUGUAGUUGCUGCAUUAGUAGAAUUUAUUCAACAACAUGGUAACCGGAAAACACAAGAUGGUACUCAUAGUGUAGGCCCAGGCCAACCAAAAUAUAAAGUGAGCAUGUGUCGAGAUCUUGCACUCAGAGGAUCUUGUCCUAGAUCCACUAAUUGCACAUUUGCUCAUAGCGACAUGGAAUUGGAUAAAUAUAGAUCAAAAAACCGAAAGUUAAGUAUUAGAUCAAAUCUGCCUGUCACCAAUAAUGCAGAUACGAAAACAGAUAAAGUAAUUACUGGAUCAAAUAAUAAGACAUUUAAGCAAAAUGACGAAUUGUCUUAUCAUUCCAUAAAAUCACACGAUAAUACUCACAGAGAUAAUUUUAAUUCUAUAAAUAAAGUUAAUCCAAUGCAACAUCACACUCCGACGAAUGAAAAUAAUUUUGUUGGGUCAUUGACAAAUUACAUGUUACCGUCUCCACAAGGAAUAAUGCCUAUAGUACCAACUAAAAAUAUCGAUAUGCAUUGUUCUCAUUACAUUAUGCCCAAUGCACCUAUCGAAUAUGCUGCACCUAAUCUUGGUAUGUGGGAUUCGUCGCAGAUCUCUUCUAAUGUAACUAAUGGAAUUUCGAAUAGCAAGAAGCAGCGGACAGUGGCCAAAACAUUGGCGAUGUUACUCCAACGCAGGAUGGAAAUCUUAAAUCAGCUCGAAACAAUUGUUAACAAACAAGUGCCGCAAAUGAAAUCGAAUUAUGAUAUACAAGGAGAUGCGUUGUCAUCAAAUUUUUCUAUAUGGGCAAAUACACAAAGUAGUCCUAUAAUUCCCCCAUCAAAUAUGAAUUGUAACAACAAUUUCCCGUGUACAGAUUCUAUUCUAUUUGAUGAUGAAUUUGUGCCAUUUGAUGCAUCAUCUAGUAAUAAAUAUGGACCAAUUUCUAAAUUACCUAAAAAUUUAAUCAGAUCCAGCAAUGGUGUACAGCCCGCUACUUUUUAUGGAGAAGGAGGCACACCUCCUGCAAUGUCUGCCUAUCGUCCUAUGCCAACUACAAACUCAGUUACAUCUUGGUUUUAUGGCAAUCAUCAACCUUAUGCUACUAUCGGUGCAAAUGGAGGAAUACAAUCUAUUAAUAAUUCUGGUUUCGAAGACAGUUACAUUACUUUUGGUCGUAAUAUACAAGAAUCAACUACGCACACACAAUUUGCGCGAUCAGAGUGCAUGUCGAAAGACUUGAUUUUGGAAUCACAGAAAGUGAAACAACAAUUGAAGCAUCUCGAAAAGAAAAUUAACGAUUUAAAGCUCGCUACUCAAGGAGCCACCUUUACGGCUGGAGAAAGGUUAACACAGGAGUUACAAAUGAUUGAAGCUGGAAUUAGAGAAAAAGAAAAAGACGUACGAAAUUGGAGUCCGUACGGUACUGUUCCUUGGAUUCAGUCGUCGAAUAACAUGCUUGGUACUCAAAAUUUUAAUCAAGACUAUAAACCUGAAGAGGAAGACACGUAUGAGGCUGGUAUCGCAAAUGAUAUGCGCGAGCUAGAAUUGCGAUGGGAAUUUGAACUGCAAGAGCAAGAAUUACAAGAACUACAACAUUGGUCGAGCGAAGAGGACAAUUCUAAAAAAUAAUAGUAAGACGUUGUAAUCUUACUGAAGUUCUUCAUUUAGAUCUGACCAUUAUUUGUUUUACAAAACAUACAUGUUUUUUUGACAUGUACAAGUAAUCUUUCAUGCGAACUUCCAUGCAUCAUCGUGUUUCAAUUUUUCUAAUGGAAUAACUGAAAGUAAAUGGAAUUUGUACUCUUUGCAUAAGAAGAAUUUAAAUUUCAAUGAAACAACACCGGAUGAUGACGCUUCAGGAAAUCUCGGUAAAUAGAAUUUAUUAUUCUAACUUGAAUAAGCGUGCAAAUUUUUGGUAUUGGUAUAGUAUGACAUAAAGUGGAUUGAAUACUUUCCCAUGUACUAUGCCUUUACAAAUCUUGGUAUAUAAUCUUGUUUUUUCAACUGUGAAAACGUACUUUUCCUGGAGUUAUUAUCAGUAUGUAAAGAUUAGGUGUAUGUAUGUGAUAUUUCGACACAAAUUUGUUAAAACGCAUCAAAUCCUUCAUGACGAUAGUAACUUAUAUUUAGUUAUGCAGGAAGUCGCGUCGUUUUAAUUUUUACUAGCCGCAGUAGAAAUUUAUUAUUAUAGAAAUUAAUGUAAAAAGUGAGAGUUAGCUGCCGCAUUAAAAUUAACAUUUAUAGAACCGGUGAAGGGUUGAUUGGUGUUCCGUUAUGAAUACCAUAAUAGGGACAUUCUUUAACAAACAGAUUAAACAGAUAAGAGCAGAUUUGUUAAAAUUUAACAGAAAUUAAUGUCAGUGUUUUAUAAACAUGACUGGAUGUAGUAUAUUUUGUUUAUAUGUUUGCACAAUGAAGCAAAGAAUAUUAUAUUACUGAUACAUUCGGAAAGAAUGCUAUUUAACCUGCAACAAGGUUACAUGAUAAAAAAUAUACGAAUA